AUGGAACACACACGCACACAGACUAAUACGCCCCCAGCAGAAACAGUGGGUUUGCAUGGGGAUCCCCGUAGAGAGUCAAGAGACCCCUCUGGGUCGAAGAGCGGGUGUAGCGCCAAGAACAAGGCUGUGAACCCAGCAUCGGCAGCGGUGGCGAACCCUUCGUCGUCGUCGUCUUCGGCUUCGUCGGUUCCGUCGUCAGGCUCGUCAUCGCCUGCGACGGUAGGCGAAGAUGUAGCUGGCACUGGAAUUGCAAUUAGAGCUGGGGUAGAAGUCGGAUCUGGAUGUGAGGCUUCAAACGAGCCUGUGGUUAUCGGUGCAACAGCUCACGCCCAAGAUAACGAAAACAAGCGUUUGGAACGUGACUACGUGGGCGAUAUCCGUACAUCGCCAGACCACGGGUCCAUCACUCCCUCGGUGCAAUCGCAACACGCAGGUCACACACAUGAAACGCAUCCGUCGGCCGUGGCGUUCGCAUCAUCUGAACACAACCUUUUCCCAAGCACCACCGAUACCAUUUUCAAGCCCUUUGAUGCCAAGACAGGCUGUUUCUUGGGUCCUGGUGGCGGGAUGAACCCGCCAGCUACCUCUUUGGAACCGCAGGCUGGCGCUCCCGUGAACGAGGACGAGCAAAUACCGUCUGCAGCUUGCUACAAGGUGAAUUUGCCCGCUUUGGCGUCUCUAAAGGCCUCUGCAGGCAAAAGCAGCAAGUUGAGGUCUCUCUCGGUGCCCUCGAUCUUACAUUCAUCUUUGCGAAGCAUGGGGUUGUCAAGCGCACGGGGCUUUUUCGCCGCACAACAACAACAGCACCUUUUACAGCAAAAGGAGAGACAACACCAACAUCAACAGCAACAGCAGCAGCAGCAGCAACAGCAACAGCAACAACAACAGCAACACAGACACCAGCAACACCAGUCGCAGCUUACACAACAACAAGAAAUACAACAGAAACUGCCCAACGAGCAAAUCCCUCACGCACAAUUCCCACCUCAGCAAUCUGCUCUACACAUGAACCGUGGGAUCAAGAAGAAAAAACAAAGCAAGCACUCCGCCUCGUUACGGCACGCUCUUCUAAUGCAUCAGAGUAUCCAAUCUGCAAAUACCAAAAUCAGCAUCACAGACCGAAUCAAGUAUCUGGAAUCAUACCCGGGGCCAACGCCAUUGCCACCCAUUAAUCUCCAGUGCUUAAAGGAAAUUGACCUACAAGAGAUUGUGAAGAAUCCUCAAUUGCGACACGACAUAAUAUUCGAUCCUCUUUUACAGUUCAGACCCAACCUGGACGGCGAAAGAGGUCUUAAGAAGAAGCAAGUUUCCGACAAAUAUUGGUAUGACGUGGAGAACGAACUUUUUGUUUACAAAUGGAAGCCGGAUGCUUUCAAGUUGGAGCAGACGCGACUAAUACCUCUUUUUAACAGUUUGAAAGAGGUCUUGAUCACCAUUGUUCCUCAAAAAGAGGUUCAUACGGUACAAAACGUUUUGGACACAGAGCUACUGGUUCAAGAAUUACUUAAAGGAUCGCUCAUGAUGUCUAGCUUUGCCGACUGGCUCGCUCGGCUUUUCAAACACCAUUGUGCACCUAUGAGAGAUCCUUGGGUCGAUAAAAUGAGCUCCAAGUUCAAAGAGUCUGAGGAUGAAAAAUCGGUCCCAAAGCUUGUUGAAGGUUUGAGACUUGUAUUCCAGAUUCUAGAAGCGAUGAAGCUCGAUAUUGCAAACCACCAGAUCCGCAUUUUAAGACCCGCGCUAUUGAGUAAUGCUGUAGAGUUUGAAAAACAGUACUUUCAGUCACUGAUGACCAGCAAUAGAGUUGACCUGAAGUCGUCUUUCAAAUGGUUUCAAGAUAAAUGUGUUGAAUAUCAGCGGUCGAUGACCACGCCUAGUGAACGUCUCAAGGCUUCGGAGGUCUACCGCUUAUGCAUAAGGAGUAUCAUCAGUCUUCUUUCGUGUCGAAAAAUGGUUAGGGAGUAUCCAACCUCGUUGUCUUUUGACCACGCGCGUCUGAUUCUUCUCAGAGCAGACAUUAGGCAAAUUGUCUGUCUCUUGGUUUGCCGUCUACUGUUCAAGCAAUUGGUGGCCAAUGACACGGCUAUGGACAAACCUACUAAGGACCACAUAUUGAACUCUUACAGCAAUAAAAAGCUGAAAGAUGAGAUUGUUAGCAUAAUAACGGACGAACACGGCAAUUGUAGAUGGACGAAAAAUACCAUGGCCAUUGCAAUUCACUUUUGCAAAACCAUAACGGAAUUGAAACAAGAUUUUUUGUUACAGAGAACCAUGGAAGAUGUCACACUGACGCGUUCCGCUACGGACAUGCACCCAAUCGUUCAGGCUCCGUCUUUGAACAACGCACAGAUCGACUUUGCGAAAUCGUGGCUUUCAAAACAAACCCAGCCUCUAAGUGAGGUUUAUGGCGUUUUAGAGACCCGUGUUUUACAGCAAUUAGAGAACAGCAUUUUUUCACGGUCCGGCUGUACCCAGGAUGGAACUAUCAAGCAAAAUUUUGUUCAUCUCUGCAGCACCAUGACUUCAAACGGACCAUCCCCGUCCACGAAUUCCGCUUCAAUAACAAAGCGUGGCUCACCAGCGAAAACUGGCAAUUCUUCCACCAAUUUCAAGGACGCAUUUGGCUCCCAGCAGCAAACGGGCUCCACCCAGGCCUCGUCCGGUCUUGCCUCAAUUGACAUGGACGAGUUCGAAAGCCUUUUCUGCCAUUUAUAUACGUUGGUGAAUUUCCACUGGUCGGUUUUUGGGUGUCUCUACAUGGAUUAUUUAGGAGACAAAAUGGAGGACAUUAACUGA